AUGGAAGAUUCAAGUAUUUGUUGUGAGAAAAAGCUCCAGGACGUCGACAGCGACGAUUGUGAGGAAACUUGGCAAUGUAGUUCGUCAGUCGAGCAGUCUUUUCUUGAUUUAGAACCCAUCAGUGAAGCUAAACAAUCUUCGUUUUGCGUUGAACUGAUGAAGCGACUCAACAUGCAGCGACAACAGUCCUAUUUCUGCAACAUAACCUUAAUAGCGAAAGAAGGGAACGAAUUUAAGGCCCAUAGAAAUGUGUUAUCGGCUGCGAGUCCGUUUUUUUCAAAGCUUCUUCAGAGCGAGAUGAAAGAGAAAGAGGAAGGAGUCAUUCGGUUCGAGGAGAUUUCCAAAUCGGUCCUCUCAGAUGUUUUGGAGUUCACCUACACAGGAAGUGUCAAGAUAAAUAAAAAGAAUGCCAGGGACCUGAUAAUCGCAGCCGACUAUUUACUGCUUAAGUCUUUGAAAAUCAUCGCCGGGCGAUUUCUAGAGGAGCAAAUGUCUACCAACAAUUGCAUUUCAACUUUUCACUUUGCGGACAGAUAUCGUUGUGAUGAACUUGUUCUUCGUAGUACAAAGUUCAUUCAAGACAACUUCACCUCCGUAGCAAAGUCAGACGAAUUUUUAAACUUGGAUGCUGAAGAAGUUGAAAAGUGGAUUUCAAGCGAGAAUAUUUUGGUUGCAGCUGAAGAAGAUGUGUUCAGAAUCAUUCUUAACUGGAUCGAGCAAAAUAAACGCGAGCGAAAAGACAAGUUUGGGCAGCUAUUUCGUCAUGUUCGACUGGUCUUGCUUUCGCGUGACUCUCUAUUCUCUGAUGUCGUGACAAAUGAACUGGUUACAGAACAUUUCUCUAUUUUGAGGCGUGUCACGGAUGCCAUUAAGUCAGUUAGUGCGGCAACUGAGGAUGCUCAAAUUCAACCGGCGAGAAGAAGGCUUGAAACACACGCCAUUGUAGUACGUGGAGGGAAAACAACUUACUGUUACCUUCCCGAGAAAGAUAAAUGGCAGCGAUUAGCAGACGGAUUAUCUGAAGACCGAGACCACACUACACAGUUAAUAAAAUUCCGUGAUCAGCUGUAUAGCUUUCCUCGGAGUAGAUCUGCUGAGACAGAAAGGUAUGAUCCCGCUUUCAACAGUUGGACCACUUUGAAGUUAUCCCCUCCUUUUGAGAAACUCUCGUUGGCUGCCCUUAAUGGGAAAAUUCAUGCUAUAUACCGUCCUUAUCGAUCCGCUCCUGUGAUUAAAAGAUAUGAUAUAGAGUCGUGCGCCUGGGAGACUGUGACAUCUUCUCAGGACUUCCAUUACAGUGAUGACUCUUGUGUUGUUGCUCUUGGCAACUGUCUGUAUGUUCUUGGUGGUGGAUAUAGUGAUAAAGCUGGCAAGUUUGACACUGCGGAAGGAAAAUGGGAGGAAAUUGCAUCUAUGCAAACUAGGAAGAGCGGUGCCUUUGGUGUGGCUACUCAAGGGAAGAUUUUUGUUUGUGAUUCGUUCCAUGGAUGUGAAGUGUAUGAGGUUCCCACAAAAGAAUGGCAAACCAUUGCACGUUUGAACAACAGUUACGACAGAGUGAAGAAUUAUCCCCCAUUUCAUUUGCAUUGUGUGGUGUGUCUUAACGAAACAGUUUAUGUAGUGGGUACAGUCGGUGAAUAUUAUUCUUCUUCUUCAGAGAAAGAUGAGAUAAUUGUAGUUGAAAGCUAUGAUCCCAAACUAAACAAGUGGAUCCAGAAGACCUCCAUACCUAUCAACAAGGGCUCUGAGGUUAAAAAACAUUCAUUUCACUGCUCUACAUUGAAACUUGCUAAAGGAUUGCUCAAGAAACCAAAAAUUGUUACAAUUGAUUAA